GUACGAGUAUGGGGGUUUGAAAAAGGCCCGCCAUUCUCAGUAAUUUACCAGUAUUACCCAUAUUCUGUUCACCUACACUGGAAACGCGCCCGUACUCGUACCAUAUCCUCUUUCACGUGCCGAGCAUUUCCCUCAAUCAGAACCAUCUAGUCUACCCACUCCUUCUCUCUUCCCUCUUCCCCCUUCCCUCUCUCUCCCCACCAUUUUUACUUCCCCCUCUCGCCCAACUCACUGUUCCUACAAUCCGGACACGCCACAGGUUCGCAGUAGGUGGGUACAAGUACCUUGCCGGUGUUCCAUUAUCUGUGUGGUGCUCCUGAUUUGUUGAUUUGUGCCCAGAUUAACCGGUUCCCUAUAGAAAUCAACACCGCAAACAUCACAAAUCACCACUGUCAAUAUGGUUGCUGACAAUCUCGUAUACCACCCCACUGUCGCGCACUACCUUCGCUUCGUAGCAACCACCGGUGGGUUUUGACCCGAUAUCCGCAUGUUUUGCUCCUCCCUUGGCGCCGUGAUGCUAAUACCUUCCUUGCACAGUCGGUCGUGACAAAGCCCUGCGAACACUGCAGUUUAUUGCUCGCUUCCUCUCUUUCUACUUGCUCCGGAAGGGGUACAGUGCCUCGUCCAUCGCUCCUUUCGAAGCCAUCAAGAAACAAUUUUCGCAAGCUAGAAAGGUCAUGCGUCUUGGAAAGAAUGUUGAGCACCUCAAGGCCGCAUCACUGGUACUCAACCCUAACCCAUCCUACCUCGGCCCACAAUUAUUAGUUUGACCUUUGCGAUUACAGGCAAUGGAUGACAAGUCAAUGGAUCCCGUGAUCCGCUACUGUACUGUUGGACGUCAGCUCGGCUACUUCACUUACCUCACCCUCGAUUCGCUCUGUUUCCUUGACUCGGCGGGUAUAUAUAAAUUCAAAUCGGGCAAGAAAAUGGCCUCUGAGGCCACACGGGCAUGGUUUUUGGGAAUCCUGUUCUCUAUUGUUGGCGGAACAUACACCAUGUACAAGGCCAAUGAGAAGGAGAAGCGUCUGACCAAGACUGUUGCCGAAGGAAAGGUUGAGAGCGAGAAGCUCAUCAAGGAGAGACAGGCCACUGUCACUCAAUUAAUCGCUGACGUCUGUGAUAUAACCAUUCCCGCGACCAGUUUGGGAUAUGUCAACUUUGACGAAGGGGCUUUGGGGUUGGCCGGAACCGUCAGUAGUUUGAUCGGAUUAAAGGCUGCGUGGAGGAAGACAGCUUAAAGCGAGGAAGGUCAGUAAGUCGUAGUAGGAUACCAGGUGUUCGGAAUGAAUUUUUUCUUUGAUUAUCUCUUUCUUUACAGUUCACACGGCUAUGGGGCAGUGGGGUCACCGGUGGACUUUGUACAAAUAGAAUGGGCAGUGUUUUGAUAGUUAACAGUUAGCUCUGAAUUCUGACUCCCAGCUCUCGAAAUUCUGAUAGUCAUAUACCUUG